GGCGAAGUAGAGCGAGGUUAGAAGAAGAAGAGAGAGAGAGAGAGAAAAGAAGGAAAAGCAAGAAUCAGAAAUAUGGAAUGUGGCUGAUCAGGUCAAGGAAGACUAGGAAGUCCUGGACGAUAAGUUUGAAAUCGAAUCCGUAUGAUACAGAUCUCUCACUCUCAUGACCUCUCUCCUCAACCCUUUUUGACCCCUUCCAAAAGCCCGUCUCCAUUCCUCCCAACCCGAGGUGGAUCUCUCCUGAAUUUGUUAUUUAUUUUUGGGGGAAAGAGGGGAGGGGCGAAGAUUCUAUUGCCCAAUAGGGUUUGUUGAUUUGAUUGUUUCGACGGAGCCGUCUAUAGGAAACAGGGGAGUCGGCUGUCUGGCUGGUCUGGAGUGCAUACUCGGCUUAAUCAGGGCCCUAAACAUGGGUUCCUGCAUGUCGUCUGACGGCGGCGGAGGUAGCAGAAACAGCUUGACCCCAUCGUCGCCGGGCCCCGGGUCAACUGGUGUGGGAUCGAAGAAGGCGAGUAGGGUUGGGAGGAAGAGGCAGGGUUCUUCGCGGCACUCAUCCUUUGAGGCGAUAGAUGGGGAGGAUCAGAUUCACCGAAUUCCUGGAAGGAUGUUUCUUAAUGGUGCGAGUAAGGAAGCGUCCCUCUUCACCCAGCAAGGAAAGAAGGGGACUAAUCAGGAUGCCAUGGUUGUUUGGGAGAAUUUUGGUUCAAGGACAGACACAGUUUUCUGUGGGGUUUUUGAUGGACAUGGGCCAUUUGGGCAUCUGGUUGCAAGGAGAGUGAGGGAUUGUCUUCCUCUUAAACUGAGAGCUAAUUGGGAAGUGAACCUGGGAGGUGAUGAGUUAAAACGGAACAGCAUUAGCACGACAGGAAGCUUAACCUCAGAAGAAACAACAUCUAUAUUCUUAGAUGAUGAAUUAAAGGCUUCCAGUGAUUUUGAAGAGGAGAAGCUUCCAGAGGUCUUCACCACUCUGAAGGAAUCAUUCUUGAAGGCAUUCAAGGUCAUGGAUAAAGAAUUAAAAUUGCAUCCAAAUAUCGAUUGCUUUUGUAGUGGUACAACUGCAGUCACCCUCUUAAAGCAGGGUCAAGAUCUUGUAAUUGGAAAUGUUGGAGAUUCAAGAGCUGUUUUGGGUACUAGAGAUCACAAUGACAGCUUGGUUGCAGUUCAGUUGACUGUAGACCUCAAGCCAAAUCUUCCUAAAGAAGCAGAGAGAAUCAAACGAUACAGAGGGAGGGUCUUCGCUCUUCGGGAUGAGCCCGAAGUAGCUCGGGUUUGGUUGCCAAAUUAUGACACACCAGGCUUGGCUAUGGCUCGUGCUUUUGGAGACUUCUGUCUCAAGGACUUUGGCCUGAUCUCGGUGCCUGAAAUUUCCUACCAUCGCAUCACUGAGAAGGAUGAGUUCAUUGUAUUGGCUACUGAUGGGAUCUGGGAUGUGCUCUCCAACAAGGAAGUGGUGGACAUUGUUGCUUCCGCCGCAGCUCGAUCUUCAGCUUCCCGUUCCUUGGUCGAGCACGCAGUUCGCGCAUGGAGGUUAAAGUACCCAACCUCCAAAGUAGAUGACUGUGCUGUUGUUUGUCUGUUUCUCGACACAGAUGAACCCACAUUGAAAGAAUCAUCAACCGAAGCGCUAGCUACAGAUAUUGAUAAACAGGAUCCAUCCACUCUGAAUAGCUCCCCAGCUAUCUUCCCAGGCCAGGAAAUCAGGUCUAGCUCACCUGAGAAGCUUCCUGCAGCCAUGGAUGGCGACGAUUGGUCGGCUUUGGAGGGGGUAACCCGGUCGAACACCUUGUUGACCCUACCAAGGUUUGCUGAAGGUGAGAAGCAGCUUUCUGCAAGAAACAAGGCUAAGAAGUGAAGCAGCUGGCAUGUUAUUUUUGCUCUGUUGAUUUUGGCAAAAUUAUGAGAGCAGUACCGACUUUAUUAGUGCGUUCGGGCGUUCUCUUUCACCUUCUUUCCUGCUGUUCUUUGUACCAUUCAUGAGUAGGAUUGGAAUUUUAGUAAAAUCCCAACUCAGUCAUCACUGCAAUAUGUUCUAUUUCUUUCUGUUAUAUCUUAUUGUAUCAUUGAUUGUAAUCUCCCUUUGUUUUUAAUUGUGUUAAGAUGUUCCAAUCAGUAGUUCCUGAUAUGUACUAUUUAGUUCAUGUAAAAAUGUUCUUUUCUUCACCCUCGCAAUAUUGUUCAUUCAUUCUGCACAAA